CAUGUCGUGAUAUAUUUCGUACUAUUAACAAUUUGACAGUAGAAUUUAGUAUAUUUUAUUUAAGGAGGAUUAUUAUUUAUAUUUUGUAUAACAAAUAAGUACAUGACAGUAGGUACAUUGUAGUAGAUAUUAUGUUGAAAAUUAAAAAUAUCUUCUUUUCUUUGAAGAAUGUGAGAAAUAUUUCUCGUACUCAAUGUAAACAUUCAACUCUUCAGUAUGAGACGUUUAAAGGCGAUAAAGAUAGAUUCAAUGGCGUAACUGUAAAUACAGCAAAUCUGCAAUGUAAAAAAGAAUCAUUUUUGGAUAAAUUGGAGGAAUCUUUGAAAACUUGGUCUACAGAAGGAAAAAGGUGUAUAUGGUUUAAAGUGCAUAUAAAUGAUUCAGUUUAUAUUCCUAUAUUAGCAGAAAAAGGUUUUAAUUUUCAUCAUGCCAGAGAGGAUUUUGUUAUGAUGUAUAAGUGGUUGCCAGUGGAUUCAGAGCCUAAUUUACCGCCAGUUUGUCAUACAAACCUAGGCGUUGGAGCUUUAGUGUUAAAUGAUAAAAAUCAAUUGCUGGCUCUAUCUGAAAAAAACUAUGACUACCCUCAUUGGAAGCUACCUGGUGGAUAUGUUGAAAGAGGUGAAGAUAUAGUUGAAGCUGCCAAGAGAGAAGUUAAAGAAGAAACAGGUGUUGAUUCAAAAUUCACAUCUUUAAUUACAUUCAGGCAUACGCACAAUAUGACGUUUGGUAAUUCGGACAUCUACGUUCUUCUGUUGAUGAAGGCUUUAUCGGAUGUAAUAACAAUAUCUCAAAGAGAAGUAAAAGAUUGCAAGUGGAUGAAUAUUGAUGAUUACAGAAAUCAUCCCCACGUCCAUGAAUUUAAUAAGUUAGUGAUCGAUCGCGCACUGUUUUAUAAAGAGAAUAACUUGAAAUUGGACAUACAAAAGAAAACAGUAAAGUGGUCACAGUUUACGAGAGAAAUGAAUUAUUUAAUGGUUACCAGUUAUGACUAAUUAUAACAUUAUUGUUAAUUUUUACAUUUGUUGUAUUAUUGU